CCCGUGUCCGCCCCCAUCCUCUCGUCAGGGAUGGAUGGUGCUGAGCUGCUCUCCCAUUAAGCAGCAGAGAGGAACUGGGCCGGUUCCAGUGAGCAGAUGUUCUCCGGCAGGAUGACCCUCAGCGCGCCGUGCGAGCCGCCGGAGGAGCUGCAGGAGCUGCAGGAGCUGCAGGAGCUGGCCUUCAUCGAGCGGCCGAUCCGCAGGAGCCUGAAGACUGCAGAGGAGAUUGAUCAGCUGACUGUGGAUGAAGACCUGAAUGACGUGGAGAGAGCUGUGUACCUACUCAGCUUUGGUCAGGAGGUCCAGAGAGCCAGCGUCAUCAGCAACCUACCCAGCCUGGUCCGUCAGAAUCCAGCGGAGACUUUUCGGCGAGUUGUACCUAAAGUUCGGGAGGUCUUGAAUGGAGCCGGAGCUGAAAUCCAGCUGGCAGCAGCAACUUCCUUCCUAACCAUCCUGCAGGACGACAUCAUCCUGAUCCACACGCACACCUUCUCCAUCCUGAAGACGGUGCUGCUUCACCUGAACCACAGGGAUGCAGUGGUGAGCACCGCCUGGUUGGAGACUCUGCUGUCAGCCAUCAGUGCUCUGCCCAAAGAAACCAUCAAGCAGGAGGUGCUGAACCCUCUCCUCUACCAGAGUCAGCUGUCUCACUCUCCUCAGGCUCGUCUGGCCGCCUGCCGUAUUUUAGGAAAAGCUUCCAGCAAGUUCGACUGUCUUAUAGUAAAAAAGGAGCUGCUGCCGUUGGCCCGCUCUCUGUGUCAGGAUGUGGAAUCAGACGUCCGAGUCUGUAUGUGCCGCCAGCUGGAGAGCAUGGCCCGAGCCAUUGGGGUGGAUGACACCAGAACCGAGCUCCUUCCUGAGCUGCUGGAACUCGCCGGCGAUGAGGAGAGCAGCGUUCGACUGGCCGCCUUUGACAGCAUCAUCAGUCUGAUGGAAAUGAUGGACGGAGAUGAUCUACUUCACCUUUUGGUUCCAUUGGUGAUGUCAGCAUGCGAUGCUUCGUCACAGGUGGACGAGGGGGUCACGGUGUCACUGUCGUUCCAGUUUGGGAAGCUCUGCAGUGGACUGGCAGGUUCCCUGUCGGAUGAGCAGAAGGAGCUCCUAAUGCAGAAGUUUCAGGUUCUGUGUAUCACCGGACUACCGACUGAAGAAAAUCAGAUGGACGCCAGCGAGUCCACGUUGAUCCGAUGUAACUGCUGCUACAAUAUACCGGCCAUGGUGGCCUUUGUGGAGCCGGCUCACUUCCUGUCCAAUCUAUAUCCGUCAUUCUCGGGUCUUUGCAGCGACCCGGAGGUCAGCGUUCGCCGAAGUGUAGCAGCCACUAUCCACCAGGUGGUGAAGAUGCUUGGGCCUAACGCCCAUGUGGUCCACAAAGAGCUUAUGCUGCUGCUCCAAGACAGUUCUUUGGAGGUCCUAGAUGCUCUGAUGAACCACCUGGACGAGACUCUGGAGGUGGUCCUGUCCAGAGGAGACAACCUGACGCUGGACAACAAGCUCCAGGAGCUGCUGUCUGCGCUGCUGUCGGCUGAACAGAAAGUUGGAUCUUCUCUUCGUUGGCGGUUGCAUGAGAAGCUGCUCCACCGCUACAGCUGCCUGUCUAGAUUGCUGCCAGGAGAGCUGCUGCACCAAACCUUCUCAGCUCGGAUCUUCACCAUCCUCACCACCAACAAAGUAUUACCGGUUCAGAAGGAGGCGGCAAGGACAUUUUGCACAUUCUUACGCUACAACCGCAAGCAGGAGCAGCGUCAGGAGAUGAUGGGGCGGCUGAUCCAAGAGCUCGCUCAAGGUCGCAGCUAUUGGAACCGUCUGAGAUUCCUAGAUGUUUGUGAAAUUGCCACAGAGAUUUUCUCCAGAAAAUACUUCAACAAGCACUUCCUGAUCCCGGCACUGGAACUUGUCCACGACCCUGUUGCCAAUGUCAGGUAUAAGCUCUGCCAGCUGUUGCCUCGGUUGCGUUCGUCCCUCCGCCUGCCAGCCGACAAGCUGCUGCUACAGAAACUAGAUUUCUGUGUCCAAAAGAUUCUCUGUCGAGAGAAAGACAAAGACGUUGUGGCCAUGAUCCGCAAGACAGUGUUGGAACUGGAUAAACUGGAUCUGUCUGAGCCUUUUCAUAAGAGACAUGAGUGGGACCUGCUUGAUCAGAAGAAGGAGAAGGAGGAGAUGCUUCUGCUGGAGAUGGAGCAGCUGGAGCGGCAGCAAAACGAUGAAAAGCUGAACUCUGACAAACACAUGGAAAGAAAAAGAAGAGACAGCAAGACUAGUCUGUCCUCUACCAAGUCGAUGUCCGUGUCCUCGUCAACAGGAGGCUCGUCCUCUGGUAAGAUGAUUGUGUCAUUAAACGGACGAUGCAAACGUUCAGGAGGAGGAGGAACAUGAUGAGAUAAGGAAGGUUCUGCUUUGUGUCCAGGUAAAGAGAUAAGGAAGGCCAAACUGUCUCGCAGUCGGUCCCUCAGCAGCCAGCCAACCUCGGCCAAACCUUUGAACUCGGAUCGACCUCUGUAAGAACUUCACCCAGCCUGUAGAGUCCAGCAGGUGUUUUCACCUGAUGGAUGUCUGAUCUUCCUCCACACCAUGUCCCCACAUGUAGCUCAUUGUCUGCCUUCAAGUGUUUCUUUGACCAUAGAUGUUGUUAAAGACACGUGAUCAAAUCAACAGGAGGAAAACAGACAUUUUACUAUGGUUUCUGACAAUUGACCAAUCAGGAAUAAUCUGACCAAUCUGGCCAACUGGCCAACCGAGACCAAUCUGACCAAUUAGGACCAUUCUGACCAAUAAGAAUAAAUCAGGACCAGUCUAUUUAUCUGAAUAGGCUUCUAAAUCAAGGUCCAACAAAACUGUUGGACCUUGUUCUGGUUUUUUGGAGUUUCUCUGAUAAUGCUGGUUGAUUUGUUCUUGGUUGUUUCUGUGAUGAAGGAAGGUCAAGGAUCCCAGCAGCUCUUCGGGCCUUGGGAAGUCCACCAGAGAUGAUUCCGGGAGGAUGGCCCACUUCACCUUGACGACCCAGUCCACCUCUUCCAUGCCGGUUCUAAUCAGGAGCAAAACUACGAGCCUCCUUGACCAGGCCGGUAUGCUGGAGCAGAGAGACCCCAGAACCAGCAAACUGGACCCCAGGACUGGUAACAGAGAGCACAGGAACAAUAUGAUGGAGCAUAGAACCAGUUCCCUGGAAGAAAGAGAGCACAGAACCAUCUCCCUGGACCACAGGGAUCCCAGAACCAGCACCUUGGGUCAGCGCAGUAAGACGAUGGAGCGUGGCAGUGGGAUGAUGGACAGUCAGUCCAGGAGGCUCUCCAUAAACAGGAAGUCCAGCUCUUUCCAAUUGGAAUGAGGCUAAAGACGAUGAUGUCAUCACUUCCACAUCUGGCCAAUCAGCUUCCUGGGAGCAGUUUCAGGAUGAGGCCCAGGAUGCAGCUUGGCAUCGACCGAAGCAGUGGACUCUGAUGUGACCUGAACCUACUGAGCACUGUGUCUUCUAAUCAUCUCACCGCUUCAUUUGAUUGGUUCAGUAAAACCUCACCUUCAGGUGGUUGGAGGGACCUUAUUGGACGGGGAUCACAGUGGACAACCAAAGAUGAGUCGAAUGUGAUCGGAUGGAACUUAAAGAUUAUUUUAAAAUAAAAAAACUCAAUGAAAA